AUGGUUCAAUCCACCGGGGUUCAACGCGCAAACAUGUCAAGGCAUCAGAGGACCCCAUUGAAAAACACGAACAAUGUGGUCGAGGUCAAAAGCAAAUUUGAGGCGGAGUACAGACGUUUCGCUCUGAAGAAGAGCGGCACCGGUGGCUUUCAGGAGUUCUACCGACUGCUGCAGACUGUUCACCGCAUCCCCAGUGUGGAGGUGCUGCUGGGAUAUGCGGACAUCUAUGGUGACCUGCUGCCAAUCAACAACGAUGACAACUUCUACAAGGCCCUGUCCUCAGCCAAUCCACUACUCAGGAUCAUCAUCCAGAAGAGAGAUGUGGAUGAGCCUGUGGUCUUUGCCACCAACUCCCUGCAGAGGAGGAAAAAGGGUCUGGCAGGGUUGCGCCCGGCACAGCAGAAAACCAAACCAGGACUGAUGAUUGGCCAUCCCCAGGACUUCCGGCAGAUCUCCUCCAUCAUCGAUGUCGACAUCCUGCCCGAGACACACCGGCGCGUCCGCCUGCACAAGCACGGUACCCACAAGCCCCUGGGUUUCUAUAUCCGGGACGGGGUGAGCGUGCGGGUCACGCCUCAGGGAGUGGAGAAGGUGCCUGGUGUCUUUAUCUCCCGGCUGGUACGUGGAGGCCUGGCUGAGAGCACAGGCCUGCUGGGGGUUAACGAUGAGAUCCUGGAGGUCAACGGCAUUGACGUGGACAGCAAGUCUCUGGACCAGGUGACAGACAUGAUGGUGGCCAACAGCCACAACCUGAUCGUGACGGUGAAGCCAGCCAACCAGCGCAAUAACGUGGUUCUUCGAGGAAGCAAGGUCUCGGUAGGGGGGAACAGCUCCUCUGGAUCCAUAGGCUCCACCAUCUCCCAUGACUUGGCCCCCAGCCCCGCCUCUCAAAGUGUCAGUCACUAUAGCAACAGUAACAGUGUGGCGGAGGGCGACAGCGACGAGGAUGGAGACCUUAUCAUUGAGAGUGACAUCCUGCCAUACCUGCCCCACCACUGUGUGUCCAAUGGUAAUGGCAGCCACAGGGAGUUUCCAUUGUCCUCGUCACUGGGGCAACGGCCCCUCCCCCAGAGCAUUUUCCUGCCCAGCAGUGGUUCUCUGUCAGACAGCAAGGCCUCUCUGAACUCCCUGACCACUCCUACUCACAACGGCAGCCCCACCAAGACCAGCAGCAGCCAGGAGAGCAUGAGAGAGGAUGGGAACAUCAUCACAAUGUAAAACCUUGUCAUAGUACUAAUUUUACUCAUGUGUUUAGGAGACAUCAACAAGAGAAGACCAAACAUGCACAGUUAGUCUCAUGAGAAAAACAAGACAAAUGACGAACAUUAGCUGACCACAAAACAACACUUUUAAUUGUUACCUCACUACAGAAAACAACACACAACAAUCAUGCAGGCAAUGAUGAUGACUUUGCCUUAAAAGUAUCCGAUGUGUGUUCCAUGCAACUAAACGCAGCGGAACUAGCAGCCAUCAUGUAAGGAACUCAGUGGACAGUGUGGUGUCAAUCCUGAGAGCCUACUUACUACAACACACAUGAUAAUGGCUUUCACCAUCACCAUACUGGAAGUGCCUUAUGGCUUUCCGCUCAAAUCGCCUUAUAUUUAUCACUUUUAUUUGACUUUCUAACAGGACCAUCUGUUCAAUUGUAGACAGUGUCAUUGGGUGUCAGUGAAAAGGGGAAUACUGGCAGGAGGAGAAGCAGACAAUACUUCACACUCUAUCUCACUGUGAGAGUCUGUGAGAGACAUGUGAUCUAUGUGGACACAGUGUUAGAGACAACAUGGUAUUAGCCUACUUGAUCCUGCAUUCUGCAAUGCUUCAAUGUCCAUACAGUGUGUUCUCUUCUGGGACUGUGACAAUCACUGCCGGUUGUUAGCCUGCUUAGCUAACAUACAAUAGCUUUUGUUCCUCUGUCCAGAAAUCAUGAAGUGGGUUCACAUACAGCACAUCUCGAAACAUACAUUACCUGUUCCCUCUUCUCAGUUACCACAAAGAUGUCAUGGCAUUAUUGUACACACAACACAACAAAGUCAAGUGAGGCUUUUACAAUAUGUGUGCUUGGAUCCAAGGGCCCCUCUGACCUCCACAGGACAGGACUAAACAUUUUAUUCAGCCCUUGAACAUCCUUACUCCCAUUUGAUACACACAGUUAUGGCAUAUUUGGGGCGGCAGGGUAGCCUAGUGGUUAGAGUGUUUGACUAGUAACCGAAAGGUUGCAAGUUCGAAUCCCCGAGCUGACAAGGUACAAAUCUGUCGUUCUGCCCCUGAACAGGCAGUUAACCCACUGUUCCUAGGCCGUCAUUGAAAAUAAGAAUUUGUUCUUAACUGACUUGCCUAGUAAAAUAAAGGUAAAAUUAUUAUUAUUUUUUUAAAAUAUCAUAACCUUCUAUAGGAAAAUAUGGAACACUACUGUUGAUCAUCAUGGUGUUAGUAUGGGAAAUAGGAGUUAUAUAUGCUCCUCUGUCUCCCCCAUGUCGAUGUACAUCAUAUUUAUUUGACUUUUACAUGCAGUAGCGACAAACAACGCCUACGUUUAACUACGUUUACACAAUGACGUGGGGAAUGGGCUGCGUCAUACCAGUAUAUCUAUCCAAUUGAUUCUGUCUCGGAACCAUCUUCAAGAGAACACCACCUUUUUAUCGCAACACGGGCAGUUUUCUCCUUUAAUGUACUCCACAGCCACCAAGCAUGUUCUUCAUCUAAAACGUAGUCAGAUGGUUUGACUUCAUGUUCGUAUAGGUCACUCGUUGACUGGAGUUACAGAGGUCCCAGGAUGAAACAUUAGACCCGGGAGAAUUUCCCUGGCAGACUUGCUGUCUUGCUUUUAAAGAAGUCAAUUCCAUUUUGCUUCAGGACGAAGUUUCUCUCCCCUGAAAAUUUGACAAAGAGUAAACACAACAGAAAUAACAUGGAGUGCUGUUGCUCCAGAAGGUCACGGCCUCUCAUAGACCCAGCUGUCUUCAGGCCCACUUGUGACUGCCAUGUUGUUGUGUAAAAUAAGGAAAUUCCUUUCAUGUUUAAAAAGCCUACAACUCUGCACAUUGGGACCUUGUUCAUACACUUUACUCCAUUCUUGAUAUCUACACCUGAGGGGCAUGGCGAGGGAAGGAGGAGAGAUUUCCUCUUAAUUUGAAGGCCAAGAGUAUCAUCUUGCAGUGAGAGCUGUGAGGCAGACAGUCUCAAAACUCCAAGCUUAUUGUUGUUGCUUCUUACCCUCACUGCACCCGAACACAAGGGCCCCCUGACUCUCUGUUAGUACUGGACUGGAGGGAGAGCUGCCGGCCCUCACAGCUUCCAAUGCCCAAGACCUUCAGGCUGGUUGGUGGGCAGUGUCUGGAGUGAUCCAGAGACAGAAGGAGCAUCAGAUGACCUACCACAACAGAGGGAUAAUAUUGUGUUUUACAUGGACAUGAUGUAUUUGUAGGUCAUCUCUUUCACUCUGGAACCAGCUGGAAUAACACAUACAUUCAAUAACUCUCCAUAUCUUGACUUAGAUGAUUGAAUUGACCAAUAAGACAGAACAAAACCAGCAGAGCAUGAGGACCUCCUGUGGCCUGGUUGUUAUUGUUUUACUAGAGCUGCAGUUGUAUCCAGGUAGCAUGAUACAUUCAUUAACCUGAUAAUUAUGUUGCUCACUUUAAUAUGGGGAGGGACAAUUAUUUAUUCAAAGAGGAAAGAGGCCAUCAUAAGAUCACAGGUGUCCAACUCAUUCCACGGAGGGCCGAGUGCCUGCGUGUUUUUCACUCCUUUCUUCUACUUAGUUGAUGAAUUAAGGUCACUAAUUAGUAGAGUUCCCUACACCUGGUUGUCUAGGGCUUAAUUUAAAGGAAAACACAAAAACCUUCAGACACUAGGCCCUCCAUGGAAUGAGUUUGACACCCCUGUUGUAGAACAUACAGCAGAAUCACCUGUCUUCACAGAUACAGUAUAUUGUCUUUUAAUUUACUUAUAGGAAACUGCUAUCAUCUAUAACAGAAAAGCUACCACAUACUGUACUGAAUCAUUUUUUCAUGUAUGUAAUUAUGAAACUAUAAAUACAAAUGACAAAUUAUAUAAGCAAGGGAUUUUUUGAUUAACUGGGAGAUUUUUUGUAAAAUAACAUUUUAUAAAUGUGUAAAAUAUGGAGAGUAUUUUUCUUAUUCUUGUACAUUUAUUUGUAUAUGAGGAUCCUGGAGAGGACAUUUCUAUUUCUUUGAGUACCGGGAACCAAACGGAGGAACAGCGUGUUUAUAUGAAUCUAAUGGGUCAGGGUGUACAAUACUGUGAAUGUGGUAUAGAGAUAUGCUGAUUAUGAAAUUACAUAUUAUUAUAAAAUAUUAUAAAAAAUACUCCCAUGUUGUUUUUUUGUGGUCACAUAGGACUAAUUCACUCUGAAUUCUUUACCUGUGGUCUUGCCUGACCUCUCUCAUUCUCUCCCUCUCUCAUUCUCUCCCUCUCUCAUUCUCUCUCUCUCUCAUUCUCUCUCUCUCUCAUUCUCUCCCUCUCUCAUUCUCUCCUCUCUCAUUCUCUCCCUCUCUCAUUCUCUCUCUCUCUCAUUCUCUCUCUCUCUCAUUCUCUCCCUCUCUCAUUCUCUCCCUCUCUCAUUCUCUCUCUCUCUCAUUCUCUCCCUCUCUCAUUCUCUCCCUCUCUCAUUCUAUCUCU